AUGGAGGUCACGGAUCACGCCAUUUAUUCCUUUUUAGGGCUGUCCCAGGCCCCCCAAGUACAGAAUGACUGCGGAUCGCAGCCCAAAGUUUCCUCCAGACUCCGGCUCUGUGCCUAUGGGAUCAUCACUCUGGGCCUUCUGAGCAUCAUUCUUACGAGUUUGCUGAUAGUCAGAUGGAUUCUGUGCCAGGGUCCCAAGGAGUCCACUUGUGACCACUGUCCCAGCUGCCCGGACUUCUGGCUGAGGCACAGUGACCACUGCUACUAUUUCUCAGUGGAGCAGAAGGACUGGAAUUCCAGCCUAGAGUUCUGCCUGGCUGAGCACUCACAGUUGCUCAUGUUUGCAAACAGCGAGGAGAUGAGACUGUUCAGCGGAUUCUUCCGUGAGCAGUUUCACUGGGUCGGACUGCGGAACAGAUCGGGCUGGCGGUGGGAGGACGGAACCGCUCUCAAUUUCUCACGGAUUCUCCACAACAGCUCCGUGCAGAAGUGUGGUGCUGUGAACAAGAACGGGCUGCAGGCCUCGAGCUGCGAAGCGACGUUAAAGUGGGUGUGCAAGAAGGGGCGCCACUGA